UGUCGUUUUUGAAUUUAGGAGCAGGGUGUCGUUCCCCAUUUCCAUUCCGAUAAGGCAGAGGGGAGAGGUCGAGCGGCGGAGGAGAGGAAGGCGAUUCCUUGUGUUCAUGGCGAUUUCGAGCUCAUCCACGGCAGGAUACUGACUUCUUCCUCUUGUUUCUCGUCGUCCGCGGCUGCUCUGCUACCUCAAUGGGAAGACUACGGAAAGCCUGUCCCAAGGAUGUCCCGCUUGUUUCUUUAGUUGAGAGUGCUGAUUCUUUAAAAGAACCUUUCGUGCCUAACGAUUUUGCUGAUGAUAAUGUUAUGUCUUUGGAUUCUUCUGGUGAUGAUGAAGAGCUUGGCAAAGCACUUUACAAUUUCUAUGUGAAAAAUAAAGUCAAGCACCUGAAGAGGAAAUUGUCUUCUGUUAGUAGAAGGAAUGUUAGGCAGAAACGAUCUUCUGAUUUCCCUGUUUGUUCGACGUUCACUCGAUACUCUGGAAAGUUCUUCUCGGGAGUUGUUGAUGGCAUGUGUUCUAGGUACAAGGAUGUUAUUCAGAUGUAUGACAUGGGUUGUCUCCUUAAUUUUGUCCGGAUCGAGGUUCCUCUUAGGCUAGUUAAGUGGCUUGCAUCUAGGUUCGACGUUCCUGCUUCCGAGUUUCAGUUGAAAAGGAAAUUCAUACCCUUAACUAAGUAUGAUAUCCAUGACAUCCUUGACCUCCCAGUAGAUGGUGAGCCACUUGUUUCAGAUCGUGAGGCUGGUCGUGAUUUUAUCCUCUCUCAUUUCAAUCUUACUAGUAUCCCACCAGUGUCCUUUUUUGCCAACAAGCUUAAAUCUGUAGAAGUUGAUUUUCUUAAUGAGGACGUCUUCAUUUGUUUCAUGAUUGUGGCUUUCUUUACUUUCCUUUGUCCCAACUCUAGCCUCAAUCCUAGUCUGAAGUACCUCCACAUCUUUCAGGAUUGUCAGUCUGUGCGUUCCUAUGAUCUUUCUAGUUUUAUUUACGAGUGGCUUUUGAGUGGCAUCAAAAAAUUCAAGGAUGCUACUAAAGUUGCCUCCAAAAGAUCAGUGACCUUCGGUGGAUGCCAUUAUGCAUUUGCCGUAGCUUACCUUGAUCAUUUGAACUUUGGGCUUCAGUCUGUACCUGAUGUGAAACCUCGUAUGCUUGCAUGGAGAGGCAACAAAGUCAAGCAAUUUGCAGAGCUUGACCGAAACAACAGUCGCUCUUUUGGAAAGAGGCCCCUAAAACGUCCAUGUGCUCCAACUAAUUUGCAGGCAGUAAGAGUUUUGAUAUUGGCCCUUCUGAUGGUUCUUUUGCAAUGAAAGUUCAAAGAACUAUUUGCCCUCACUUUGGAUCUCAGACUGCUCUUGAAGUCAUUGAGCUUGUUCAGACUAGAAACCAAGACAAACCUAAGAUAUUCAUUGAUUGGGCAGAGUCUCUUGUUUUAAAUGUUCUGGAAUGUGUGUUGAAUUCAUCUAUGCCCAAAGUGUCUGGAAGCGAG